CGUGGGCCUUGUCCUGUCCCCAGAGCCUUGGGUCACAUGGCUCAUUGUGCCUGCAUUGCCAGGAGCCAGGAGCCAGGAGCAGAGCAGAGCGCCAACAUGAACUUGGGGGUCAGCAUGCUUAGGAUCCUCUUCCUCCUGGAUGUAGGAGGAGCUCAAGUGCUGGCAACAGGCAAGCCCCCAGGGGCUGAAAUCGUUUCAGAUUUCAAGUAUGCCCUCAUCGGGACUGCUGUGGGCAUUGCCGUAUCUGCCAGCUUCCUGGCCCUGAAGAUCUGCAUGAUCAGGAGGCACUUAUUUGACGACGACUCUUCCGACCUGAAAAGCACACCUGGAGGCCUCAAUGACACCAUCCCGCUAAAGAAGAGAGCCCCAAGGCGAAACUACAAUUUCUCCGAAAGUCUCUUUCAGUGUUGAACAGCCCCUCUGCUUUUUAUCUUUAUGACAUUGUUGAUUGAGAAGUCCCUAAAUCCCGCUGUCUUACACAAUGUCCCAUUUUCUGGAUUUGUCUGAUUGUUUUCUCCUGAGUGGAUUCAGAUGGAAGUUUUUGGUUGGAAAUACCACAAGGUGAUGUUGUGUACCUUUCAUUGUAUUGCAUCACUGUUGGUGAUGCUUCAUUUGCUUGGUUAAGGGAGUGACCACUAGAUUUCUACAUUUGUGGAAAUUAGAAUUUUCCCCUCUGAAAUGAAUGAAUAAUACGAAGGGAGGCACUUUGACACUAUGUGAAUAUCCGGACCCCCAACAAUUCCUCACCUAAUGAUUUUAGUCUAUUCAUGAUCCUGCUUGAAGCAGUUAUUGGCAUUGGUGAUUACAAAAUAUUGACUUUCUAACUCCAGCAUUUCUUCUAUAUUUAAUAGCUGACAUUCAUCUAGAAGAAAGCCUUUUUAUUCUAUCUCGCCUUUCUCCUUCUUCUUUUGUUAAGGAUUAUUACUGUGGACUUCAACGCAUUUUAAUCCAUUACCAUUAUGAUUCUUUCUGAUGCCCAAAUUGUUGCAAAUUUGGCUCAUGCAACUCACUUCUUGGGGGCCCCUGUGCCCUUUAGACAGAACCUCAUUAGUCUUUGAGCACAUGCUAGACUUCUGACAACACAACAUCUGAGGCUCACCUUGUCUUGUUCCCAAGGGUAGCACAAGGGUCUAAUUUUCCCAAGGGUCCCUGUUUCUUUCUCUCUCUCUCUCUCUUUUAUUUUAUUUUAUUUUAAUUUUUACUAUGGAAUGAUUUUCAAAAACUAAGAUCUGGGCACAAUGUGUGCUCAGGGCUACUGAGGUGUCAUUGAUUCUAGGCCCUUUCAAUGGACAGAGUCAGGAAAUGUGUAUUUAAAUUACAAACUCAGUAUCAUAAGAUUUUUUCUAAGCUUUCCCUAUUCCAUAUGUCUAGAUUGCCUUCUCCAAAGUAAAAACCCUGCUUUUCAACCACAUAAUAUUUUUACUCAUUUUCUCUAUUCUAUAAUACACACAAAAUACCUCCAGAAAUUAGAGCACUAUACAGCGGUAGACCUGCUCAGUAAACUUGCACAUUUCUUUGCAGUGGCUUUAGCUCUCUAGGUAUGUACGGCCAGAAUAUUGUGUUCAAAUGAAAUUAAUUAUAUUCUCUGUGUGGUUAUGUUAUCAAUUGGAUGGAGAGUCAGAAACAUUUGUUUUAGUGUGUAUUCUAUUUUACUAUUUCCUGUUUUAAUCUUUUAAAAUUUUAAUUUACAUAGUUUUGUUUACACAGUUUGUCUCUGAAUCAUGUACAUGACACACGAUUCAGAGAUAAACUAUGUAGACAGAUAAUACAUGUGUAAACAGAGAUAUACGUGUGUCAUGUACACGAUUCAGAGAUAAACUAUAUAAUCAGAUAAACUCAGAGAAGUGUUUCUUUUGUAACUUCACUCCACCGUGUUCCUACCUACUGCUUUGAAGUUGCCAUUUUCAAUAAUUCCUGGUUUAUCCUUUCUGUGAUACUGUUACAAAAAUAUAUUUAAUUGAAAACACUUUUAUAUAGACACACAUUUUUUUAAAUAAAAUUAGAAAAUGUUUACAUAUAGAUGUAUACAUCUGUGCAUAUAUACUUUUUCCAGCACUUGGAUGGUUUUAUUACUUACUCAGAUGUCUGAUCCAUUUGGCAUUUAUUCUGGUGUGUGGUGUGAGUUACAGAUCCAAUUUUGUUUUUUUCCCAAAUGGCAAUUGAUUUAUUCCGAUACUAUUUUUUAAAACCACCCUAUUUCCCCUGUGUUUCAUUUGCUACUGAACUACUACACUUUUAUAAUGUUCUAAAUUUCUGUAUGUACUAGGGUAUUUCUAGACUUUAUUCUCCAUUGGCAUUUGUGGUUAUUCAUGUGCUGAGGGCUUCCUAGAGAGGCUGAGCCUAGAGAGGCUUCCGGAUGUGCUCUACCUUCUGAUGGGGCUGGUUCCCUCCACCCGCACACCUUAUGCUUCCUUUACAGGGGACAUUCUUGCUAGUUUAUUCCAGCUAUUCUUGCAUAUUUAUUUUUCCAUAUGAACUUCGGAAUCAACUUCAGAAUCUUUCCACAGAAACAGAAAUCUUUCAUGGUGUGGGGGCUGGGGGAGGUCCCAGUGGAGAAUUUUAUGAUGAUUACUUUGUGUUUUUGGCUACCGGGUUUUUGUAUAGACCAAAACAAAUAAAGUAAAAAUAACACACAGAAAAAAA